AUGUCAAUUUUAAAAUCAUUAACUUCAAUUUCAAAAAUUUCAAAAUCAUCAAAUGAUUCAAUUUUAAAUAUAAAUAAUUCAAAUAAUUUAAAUUCAUCAAAUCAAAACUCUAAUAAUGAAAUCUCAAGAUGGACUCCAAUUUUUACAGUUAUUGGUAGAGGUGGUAAAAAUGUCAUUGCUGCUUAA